AUGGACACCACCCCGGACUGUAACGAGUCCAACAUCCGGGACUCGUUUGCGGAGAGGCGGAAAGCACAGGAACGCGACAAUGUCCAGAGCAGGUUCCAUCGAGCAGUCCAAGCCGGAAAUGUGCAGGUUGCCCUCUCACUGAUCCGACAUGGCGCUGAUGUGAACGAUCCCAACCCGGAUGGCGAAACGGCCCUACACACUGCCGUCUUCUGCCCCAAUGCCGUGAGCAUGAUCGAUUUACUUCUCAAAGAAGAAGCCGAUCUCAACCUCCAAAAUCCCAGUUAUCAAACUCCGCUUGUCCACGCAAUCGAUGGGUAUGCCAAUAUCAACGUAAUCCAGCUUCUCCUCGACAAUGAGAGCGAUACCAAUAUUGGGGACUCCCAGGGGAGCACUGCCCUGCACUAUGCUAUGAAAUACAACCCGAAUGCUGAUAGACUCGUCCAACUACUUCUCCGCCACGACGCAGAUCCUUACAAGGCAGACAGUGAUCGAAAGCUGCCCAUCCACAAGGUGAAGGAGACACUUACUGAUGAGCAUGGAGUCGAAAUUACCAACAAGGUCCUCAAUGCACUUAUCCAGCAUGAUCUCGUGCACAACCGCAUUGACAACAACAAAAAGUCUGCUCUUUUCUAUGCAGCUCAAUUUGGGACAACUGGGUUAGUUGAACCGCCAACACGCAAAAAGCGACUGAACCGAUCAGACGGAACUAUCGAGAUUACCGAUAAAUUUGAGAGAACAGCCCUCCAUUAUGCAGGCAUGUAUGGGUGGGGGGCCGAUAAUCUUUUAGAGCAUGGCGUGUUCCAGCGCGAAGUGGACAUAUUCGGAGAGACUCCCUUGUCCUAUGCGAUUCGCUUCUCCAAUGUGCGGCCACUACGCGAUAUCCUGCUGCAUGACGAAGGAGCAGCAAGAAACGCCGAUGCCGAGGGCAAAACGCCUCUUCAUUACGCAGUUCAACACAACUGCACAUCGGAAAUUCUCAGGGAGCUUCUGAAGGCAGGCGCUGCAGUGGAUACCAUGGACAGUAAAGGCAAAACACCCCUCCACUACGCGGCAGAAGUAGGCGCCGAUGUUCGUGAAUUGCUGGACAGCUCGACCGACUACGACACCGUCGACGAGGAUGGCAGGACUGCCCUGCAUUACGCCGCGGGAUAUAACCGCACGGAGGUUUAUCAAGCUCUGGUGGGGCACCAGCAAAACCUAAGCCUUCGCGAUACCAAUGGAAGGACCGCACUACACGAAGCUGCUGCCGCUGGCGCUAUCGAGAUCGUAACGGACCUUUUGGCACGGGGAACACAGCUAGAGCUUGCCGACCACAAUCAGAGAACGGCAUUGCAUGAAGCUGCGCGCGCGGGUUCUUCCAGAAUAGUGCAAAUGCUUCUGACGAAGGGCAUGGAUAGCAAGACUAGAUCCUCGCAGGGUGAUACUGCACUCCACGAAGCAGCGCGAAAUGGUUCAUCGAAGGUGAUCUUGGUGCUCCUCAAGAACGGGGCCGAUAUUGAAGCUAGGAACGGCGAAGGCAAGACUCCGCUUCAUCUUGCAGGAUCGGCAGAUGAAGCGCUGGAUGCGAUUACCGUCCUGCUUGAUAAUAACGCGGAUAUCACAGCAAGAGAUGAGAAGGGAUGCACAGUUUUGCACCAUGCUGCUGCUGGUCGGGAGUUCCUACCAGUGAAACUGCUCCUAGACCGGGGUGCAGACAUCACAGUGAAAGAUAAUCGAAACGCCACAGCCUUCCAUUACGCCGUGACUUAUGGAUCGCCCUUGACAGCAAGGCGGCUUCUCGACCGUGGUGCCACCAAAGCCGGCCUGGCAGAGGCUUUCGCGAAUAUUUUCCCUAUGUCGCCUCUCAACAUCAGCAUAAACCCUUUGAACAACAAUUGGGUCAGUAAACUCCUUUCAGAGGCCAUGUUACGAGGAGGAAGCAUUAGCGAUAUUCCGUCUGUUAGUGCGUUUGAGUGGCAGGUUCCCCAUAUGAUUCUCAAGUUCAACUCGCGACAAGAAGGAGGAGCGCCAACUAAGUGGGAGCAACUGACGCAGCGCCACGUGGAGCUCCUCAACAACAUUGUGAUAUUUGCCGGUUCAAGUGGAUAUUUCGAAGCCCAGCCUUGCCGGAAAUUCGUGUCUGCCCGAUAUGAUCACAGAGGGCAAGCUAUUUUGGAUCUGAUCCAGAAGGCUAUCCAUACGAGGAGUGUCGUCAGCCACAGGUUCAAAGAUGAAGCGGUGUUUCUCCAGGCGACGCCCACACAUCUCAUAGUCUGCAAAUUUCGUGCGCCCGAGGCAGAUGCUGAACCGACCACAUUCCACAGUACGACCCAGGAGAACGAUACUGUUGAAGACGUUGUUGAGUUCAUUUGUCGAGCCCUCCGCCCACCGGUUCAGGAUGGCAAAACCGGGCAUUGGAUGUCACCCGCCAUGCUGACACCAGUCUUUACGGAAUUCAUUCGUAUAUACCAGCUGCCGGAGCUGCGAGCAUGUACCGCCGUGGACAUUGAAGGAGCCGACGCCUGGACUCGGCUGUUCCAGAACGCCACUAUAGUCGAAACCGAAAUCAAAAGAUCAUGGGGCAGGGGCCUCAAGAUAGCUUACGACACGAUGUUGCAUCAGGCGAACAUUCACAAAUUCGAAAUUAUAUCGAGGGGCGCUGGUGAGGAGGGGGUGUAUCUCAGAGGGCCUUUCUCUGCUCUCGUUCCAGUGGAACAGAGAAAUAGCAGGAAACGCCCUGGAGUCCGCUAUCGAUUCAUAGUCAACAGAAACAGGACAAAGGUGUUAACCAAUGGCACUGUCAACCAGCACGUUGACUGGAUUCCUGUUUCGGCAGAAACCAUCAGGCAGAGCGAGUCUUUUGUUGGUUAGUUGAUAAAAAUGUCAGGUUUCCUUCAGCUCAACAGACCUGCUAAGGCAGUUUGCAGCAGUCUCUCUGCGUUAUUUGCUUCUCCUUGACGUUGAUCUUGA